CUGUCAGCUGGUCACGGGGGGAGUAUUACGUCUGUACCAUUGAUCAUUGAUUUGAUCUACCUAAGGCUAAUGUAUGAUUAUUUACUUAGCAUUUCUGUGAUUGCUUUUUAUACACUUUAACUCUCCUGGUACAUCAAAGAUUCUAAAUAAAAAGUUUGAAUCAUAUAUUCAAGUAUAAUUAUAUAUUCAUGUAAUAUUAUAUAUUCAUAUAACAUUAGAAAUGUCAGAACCUGAACUACUGUUGGAUUCUGAUAUCCGCCUGUGGGUUUUCUUCCCCAUUGGUCUGGUGACAUUCUUUGUCGGAAUUGUUCGACAUUACUUAAGUGUGUUGAUAUCUUCACAAAAGAAAGUGGACCUGACACAGCUUCAAGACAGUCAGGUACUAUUGCGGUCUCGUAUGCUCAGAGAAAAUGGGAAGUAUCUACCAAAGCAGUCAUUUUAUGCCAGGAGAGAUUUUUUCAACAAUGAAGAAACUGGUUACCUGACAACAACCAAGCGUCCUGCAGCACCUCAGGCCAUGACUGACCCAACUGUCAUGGCUGAGAUGUUGAAGGGUAACGUCACUAAUGUGUUACCUAUGAUUGCUAUUGGUGGCUGGAUCAACUGGACCUUCUCUGGUUUUGUCACAACCAAAGUGCCAUUCCCGCUGACUCUGCGGUUCAAGCCCAUGCUGCAGCGGGGCAUUGAGCUCUACACUCUGGAUGCUUCCUGGGUGUCUUCAGCAUCUUGGUACUUCCUUAACGUCUUUGGUCUGCGCUCCAUUUAUACUCUUGUGCUGGGUGAAAACAAUGCUGCCGACCAAGCCAAGAUGAUGGAGGAGCAAAUGUCGAUGGGUGCCGCAGGGAUGCCCCCAGACCCGAAGGGGGCGUUCAAGGCAGAAUGGGAGGCCCUGGAGAUAGCCCAGCAUCAAUGGGCUCUGCAGACCACAGACGCAGACCUGUUGCGUAGGGCUGAGACCCUCAUUGCCGCCUCUCACGAGUAGCCCAAGCACUUGAGAAUUGCAGUUUUAAUGCUUAAUUUUUGUUUGGAGACAGAAUGAAUGGGUUCUUUUGUUUAAAAUGUAUAUGUGAUAGAAAAUUAGGAUCCUGUAGUGAAACCCUUCAAUGUCAACUUGUUGAUUUUUUCCCCUAGAGUGUGUGUUACAGUGUGUGUAGAGAUAGCGUAGUAAUACUUUUGCCAGUUUCUCUGCAAAACAGGCAGUAUUGGACUGAGCCACUGAACUUGCAUAUCUUUUAGCCUUUCUUCCCUUAUGUAUUACCUCAUCUCGUAUCUUUGGCUCAUUCAUGUCCCUGCUUUAUCUAUCCCAGAGAAGAUUGUUCUUCUCAAGUUUGUGUAGAGUUGAACUAUCUCCCUGGCCGCGUCGUUUGCAUAUUUUAUCUCGGAAAAAUAAAAGCGUCAUAUUGUCCUUA